UGCCCCUUUCGCCGGAAGUUCCCGAGGUUUUUGAGACGGUCCCGGACCGGGGGUCCGGACCGCCCCCUCCCCCCCGACACCGCGGUUCCCCUGGACACAGGGGCCGCCCCCCUCGCUGGGUGCUGGCGCCAUGCAGUGCUCGCUGGUGAGCGGGGACGGGCGGCACGAGCCCGUGGCCCUGCCCGACGGGGUCCCCGUGGUGCUGGGCAGGGGCCCCCGCACGCGUGUGGUGGAUAAGAAAUGCUCCCGGACGCAAGUGGAGUUACUGGCUGACUACAAACACCGAGCUGUGAGAGUCACCCAGCGGGGUGUGAACCCCACGUCGGUGGAGGAGCUGCAGCUGCAGCCAGGCGACAGCAGCACGCUGCAGGAGGGGCAGACGUUGUGGCUGGUGAACGGGCGGUACCCCUACACUCUGCGCUUCCUGCCGGCCCCCCAGUCCCCCCGCCGGAGCCUGCUGGAUUUCUUCAGCCCCAAGCGCCACCUGCCAGGGGAGGGCGAUGAGGGGCGGCCCCCCAAGAGGCCGAAGGCCCCCAGUCCCCCCGAGGAGGAGGACUCUGCCGUUGCCACAAAGCUGCGCCAGCUGCAGGAGACAGCAGCCAGCGCUGAGCGGGCAAAGGGUGGGGCACCCUGCCUGCCCCACGGGGGUGCCUUGGGGCUGCCCCCCAACCCCAGAGACUCCUGGGAGGAGCAUGGCAAGCUGCUGGUCUUCACCAAGGAGGGUGUGGUGCCCAGCGCCAAGGUCGCUGGGUUUGACCUGGAUGGAACCAUCAUCACGACCAAGUCUGGGAAGGUUUUUCCUACCAGCCCCGAUGACUGGAGGAUUUUGUACACUGAGGUGCCCCGGAAGCUGAAGCAGCUGCAGAAUGAGGGGUACAAGAUUGUGAUCUUCACCAACCAGCUGGGGAUCAGCCGGGGGCGGUUGCGCCCUGAGGUCUUCAAAGCGAAGGCGGAAGCCGUGGUGGAGCGACUGGGGGUUCCUGUGCAGGUGUUCGUGGCAACUGGAACCGGGAUCUACCGUAAACCACUUGUGGGCAUGUGGGAGUAUCUGUGUGAGAAGGUACCGCCAGAGGCGGGUUGGGGGGCAGGCCUGCCAAUGUGGGGGGCAAAGGGGAUUCCAUCAGCAGAGCCCUCCGCUGACCUCGGCUUGGGGCACUCUCUCAGGUCACCUAUCACUUGGGUCCCCCAUUCCCAUGCCUUGCAUGUACAGGUUUCCCCUCACCCCGUGGCUUGGGUCUGUCUAACCCCCCAUUCUCUAACCUCAGCGGGAACUGACACCCAAGGGCCCGCUCUAACGACCCCUCACGAGCUGCCUGGUUGUCCCGCCACGCCCGAGCUGGGGUGGCCGUGGGCCUCCCAGGCAGCAGGCAAGUCGACCUUCCUGAAGAGCCAGCUGGUGCCGGCCGGUUACGCCUACGCCAACCGGGACACGCUGGGUUCCUGGCAGAAGUGUGUGGCGCUGGUGGCGGCGGCACUGCGCCAGGGGAAGAGUGCAGCCGUGGACAACACCAACCCUGACCCCGAGUCUCGCCGUAGGUACAUUGAAUGUGCCCAGGACGCCGGGGUCCCCUGCCGCUGCUUCCUCUUCACCGCCACCCUGGAGCAGGCCAAGCACAACAACCGGUUCCGGGACCUGACAGCCUCGGGCCACGUCUCGGUCACAGAUGUUGUGCUGAACAGCUACAAGAGUAAGUUUGUGGAGCCGUCGCUGAGCGAGGGCUUUGCCCAGAUCCUGCGCGUUCACUUUGUGCCGCGCUUCGCCGACGCCCGCCAGGAGGCGCUGUACCGCCAGUUCUCCGAGGGCUGAGCUGCGCCCGCCCCCUGCAGCAGCACCUCAAUAAAGAGAGAGCAG